AACGUCAUAUUAAUCCCACAUAACCGGAAAUACAGACCUGAAAAUAACUGUAAAUUCUGUAAAAUACCUUUAAAGAUCAACUAACUAAAAUGGAUUUCAAACUUAACCUGUUAAUGUUGGUAUUCGCGCUUAUCUUCACCACUUUGGUGAUGAGUAAACCGCUGGAAGAACCAAGAACUGAGGUGAAUGAGGAAGAGUUUGAGGUCUUGGAGACGGCGGAGGCCCAGCACCCGUUUAUGCCGAGGUUUGCCAUGAAGAGGUUCAAGGAGCGGCGGGAAGAAGCUGCUAGAAGGAACAAGACGGCUGGCGGUCGCGUGGUCUGCCCCCAGCCUUGCGUGCGCCCAGUGAGGAGGCAGUAGUAACAAAAUGGACUCGCGAUUGAUAUGGCUGGUGUGUGUGGUGCUGUUGUGUGCAGAGGCGAAGCCGGCGAAACAAAACAUAAACAACGAGAGUACCUCCUCCAUCGAUGAGUCAACAUCCGCAGCUCAAACGAACAAAGAAGAAUCACAACAGAGUCACAAGAAUGUUAUCAUUGAAAACAAGGAAGACGCACCAAACGGAGCAGUGGACAUAGAGAUUGAAGAAAUCAUCGAUGUCCCUCUUAAAUCUGACGUUACACCAGAAGAAUUAGGUCAAUUUUACAUCGCCAACAAUGUGCAAGAAGUGCUCAACCCAAUGAUUGAUUUGGAACAGAUGAUGGUGCCAAAUGCAGCAGCAAUAACACCAUUGGUUGGUUUAGAAGAGAUGUUGUUACCAGAAAGUCUUGCUUCAAACCCAUUGGUUGGUUUAGAGGCGAUAUCAGUGCCAAAAAGGCUACCUUUAACCCCAUUGGUUGAUUACGAAGAGAUGAUGGAGCCAGCGGCCGCCUCGAGUAUCUCUGCUGGGUUCUCUCUCCGUAAGAGAAACAAGAAGAAGCAGGACGCACGGAGGAGACUCGGCACUAGGAGAGUGUUUAGAGAUCCGUCGUUGGUGAAGAACUAUUACUACAAUCCCUACUACAGAUACCAGCCGUAUUACUACAACAACUACCGGCCCAGCUCUCUACACCCAUGCUAAAAUAUAAAUAAUUUAUACUCUUGCCUUAGCUUGUAAUCAACUAGUAAAUACAAAAUAAUAUUUUUAAUAAAA